AUGAUUUUCAUCUUCUUCAGAUUUUUUGCGUUCAGGGGCUUCCCAGCAGUUGCUUCCAAUGUGCUGAUUUCCCGAGCUUCAAUCAAAUGCUCUAUCAACCUAUUCUCUGUCAGAAUAUAUGAUAUGAGCCUGCCUAAGGGAAUCCAGUCCCUCUUGGUCCGUUCACCUUCUCUUGUUUCCUUCACACUCGUUCUAAGUAAAUCACCAUCAACCAUCAGCUUUCUUCAGAUUUAUCAGAAAACCUUACCAUAUUUACAGGUCCAAGAAUAUCCUGGGUACAAAUUCAUUGGUCUAACAUAUGGGCCUGGAGGUGAUAAUCAAAAGCGAUUAGAGAAGGAAAUUGGUGCCAAGAUAAAAAUUCGUGGAACCAAAGCAGACACAGGAGAGAAAAGUGAAAUUAAACCAGCUGCUAGUUCCACACCUUCUGUAUCUGUAUUUGGGGACAGCACUAAUGGUCUGAAUCAAAACCAAGAUCCCCCAUCUCAUGCAAUUUCUCUAUCUCUGUCAAACCGGGCUGUGUUUCAACCAGCAACCACUACACAAAUGCAGAGGACGUAA